CACACAGCGAUGAACUCAGUCACUGAACCCGUCAUUGGCCCUUGUCGAGUUGAUCAAGCUUUUGCAUCUUGAGUCUUAACAGGUGAAGCAAAUGUUUGGGUUAAAGUGGCCAUGCAAAGAAUCCGAGUUCUUAAAGCAAUCCAUUUGGUCCAAUCCAGUUGAAAAAUAACCAUCCACCUCUCGGUCGUCCUCCCUGCACGGGACCCUCUCUAUUCCUCCCCGAAAUCUUCUGUUUGACUAAAAAUCCAUCCCCCAAUGGAGCGGCAGCCCAUUUGUCGUUGACGUGACAGAAGCUUGGGUCAAUAGAGGCACCGCAUCGCUACUCCCUCAUCGAGCCUCCCAGCAAGGCCUCUGCUUGGCACAGCAAUACUGACUGCCAUCCAUGAUGGAUGGCCCAGGCAUGUGAUCGGGACCAGCGGAGCCAGUCGGAGCGACUGACACACGGUGUUACUUCUCUCUCUCUCUCCCUCUCAUCUCAUGGUGGUGCAGCAGAUGGUAAAAUGACAGAAACGUCGAUACCACAGUAGAUAACAAGACUCUAAAUCCGUUGAUUAUUUCCUCCAUUGUUCCUUGGCCAGAAAUAGGUUAGAAUAGUUGUUGUUUAACUUGUUUAACACUGCAUAUCAAAGUACCAGUUGGUAAGACAUAUUAAAGGAAUGUUAGGUAAUGGUGUCCAUCGGUCCACCCCUUUGGGCACCAAGCCUCGGGGGGGCUUUCUGCCAGACGGGUUUCAACUCACCCCAAACCACAACCACAAACUUGUGAGCUGAGGAGUGUUCUGUCAGACAGCCCUGAAGGUAAACUUCUCCCGUGUGUCUAAUUUGGUCCAAAUUGAUACGAUUGGAUGGUUUGCUAUGACAUUUGUUAAAUGCUAUAAAGGCUGCCCCCCCCCCUCGAGAUGAAUCACUUUGAGGAUCCCCAUCUAUUUACUAUCGUUAAAUCCAAUGAGCUGUACUUUGUUGAAUGCCAACUGGCAAAUAGUAGCCUGCUAAAGUGCUGAGAUGGUGAACUUGUAAUUAAACAUCAGGAGUUAGCUCUGUCAUUCAGACGUUCAAUCUGGCAUGCUGACAUACUUUAUAUGACAUACACAAUCCGUGCGAGCUGCAAACUGCCUAACGAUCUAACAAUUAAGUUUGCCAUUACCAGGCGGUUCGCACUGAAGUGAACUCAAUCAAACAUUCACUCUGCAUCACAUGACGAGACAAGUCCAAGCCACCAUUAAAUUAAAUUAAAUUCAUUCACCAAUUAUAUUUCCAAUUUCAACUCUUCGUAGUAACAUUUUCCAGUUAUUUUAAGACAAAUGACUAUGAUUGUGUAUGUUUGUGUGAAAUUCUACAGCACAUAUGUAAACCUAAUCAUACCCUGACGUCACUAAGUAUCUAUACAGCCUUUUCAACUUAAGUCAACAUUUUCCCAACCCACAUUAAAUGAUCCAUUCAAUGAUUUCUCCAUUCAUUACAUGUUUUGAAGUAUGUAUAUAUCUGAGCUCUUUCUGUUAUCCGAUUCCAGAAAAAUUGGUGACAAGUUUCAAUGAUAAAGAGAGUUUCUUAUAACCUUUGAACGUGCAACAUACUGUAAACUAUAUCAGCUGUAGAGCAGGAUAUUUACAUCUGGGCCACUUUAAUGCAUCUCCUCCUAUAUCUUAUUUCUCAAAUGGACCCGAAUCUCUUGGACUUAAAUGUUGGAGAAUGUGCAGCAGACAAUGAAUGUGUGGCAAAUCAAUUUCCUUAGCAUUAACAAAAGACAGCUUACCCUCCGUAAUUUGAAUAUAAUUACAAAAUGCUUUUAAUAUACUUGAUUACCCCUUGGAUGAACAUGGGAUUUCCUAAUUAACCUGAUGCAGCCCACUUUCCUUAAUACCAAUAAUGAGCAGACUAGUGAAUGCUGACCCCAUUAUUAUUUGUCAUGAAUAAAUGUAUGUGACACUAUUAUUAUCAAUUACAUGUUCUGCAAUUAUGCAUAUCUAUGCAGCUGCCCUGCUAUUAGCUCUUUCUUCGAUUGCUCAUUUAAAGACACAAGACAACAGCUUGGCUAACGGGCCACAGUCUCCUUACUAACACUCGACACAUCAACUGUCCAAACCUCACAAAUAGCGAACAAUCAGAGCACGAUACGUACAUUUAUUCACUGUGCUGUGUGUGCAGUCUUUGCAUUUGAGCACAGCGGGACAAGCUUUCCUUCAGACCAGCUGAAACAGUUGUGGCAGUCACUUCCUGUUCUAACUCAUUUUGCAUCAUGGGGCUAAAGGUCUCAGCCACUUCCCCUUUUUGCUACGUAUAAAUCCAAAGCAACACUGUUUACUUCCCACUUCAUCCUCGGCAGACAAACUUUAGCCCGUGUCUAGAGCAGCGUUGUCAUUUCCUACUUUCCAAUUGUUAGCAUUUUAACGAUCAUGGAUGGACAUGUGUCGUCUUUGUUGUCUUUUUCAUCGUUAUCGGGAGCAACGGGAACACAGGGGGGUAACCCACCCAAGAAGGACAGCAGGCUCCCUCAGAGUCAUCGGGAUCACACACCAACUGAAGAAUUAUGGGCAGGAGACGCGAGUCCCGCGGCCGGCGGCAGGCUGCUGUCCGCUGAGGAGCCGGUCACUCUGAUCACUGAGAGCAUGACAGUUACCUCCACUGACCAGGAGAAGCUGCUGCUGCUCAACAAGAACACCGAGCUCCGCCGAGUCAACAAAGAGCUGAUGAAGCUGAAUGCGGACUGGGACCACGUGUACCGGAACGCCACGCUGGGUCUCCAGCACAGGUUGGAGGAGCUGGAGCUGGAGAACGCCGCCGUCAAGCAGCUCAACAGCAGACUGCUGCUCCGGGUCGAGCACCAGCAGAGUGCAAAGGAGUACUACGAGCAGGAGUUGAUGCAGGAGCUGAAGAAGAACCAGGAGCUGUGUCAAUACAUCAGAUUGAUGGAAAGCAGGCGGCACCACCCAGACAGAGACCGCAUACUUGACAAACAGGGCAGUUUUGGUUCAGUGACUGAAGUAACUGAGCCCUCCACUAAUCCUCCGGUAGGUCCUGACCUGCCUCCCGCCCACGGCUCCGGAUACAACCCCUCCCCUUCCCUUUUCCCAGCUUCUUCCAGCCUAGAGACAGGGCCGCAGACACAAAGCCAAAGUAGAAGUAUCCCACUGGGGACACUGGGAGACUCACGGCAAGAAGUGCGGGAUCUCAAACAGCAGCUUGAGGCACUGCAAUGUCAGAUCCAGAUGUAUGAAGCAGAAUAUCAGACAGAGCACAGCGACCACAAAAACACGCUUCAGGAGAACCGGAGGCUGAGGAAGAAGAGGGAGGAGAAGCGCCAACAGGUGGCACUACUGCAAGAGCAGCUCAAGGUCUACGAGGACGACUUCCGCCGGGAGCGGUCGGACAAACAGGUGUUGCAGCGGCUGUUGAUGAAGAAAACGCCUCCACACAAGGACCCUGAACUCAUCCAUCGCUGCAAUAAUGAGCAGCAGCCACCAGGGGGAGACAAGAGGACACAAAGUGGAGAGAAAAGGAAACAGCACCAUCCACUCUGCCCAAAGCACCCAAACAGGGACAAAGACUCCGACUGAGGGACGCACAUGAACUCAACGAUGUCGAAACUUUGCCCUCGUUUUUGUUUAUGGAAAUAGCAGGAAUAACAAGAGAAAAUCUAAGGUCAAAUGAAUUUUUUGUCCUUUUAGGGGUUCUGCAUUCUAUUCUUCAUAAGAAAAACUUGGUUCACUUUGUUCCCACUGUAAUACAAAACAUCUGUCAAUUUUACUACCUGUAGAUCAAAAAUAUAUUUAACAUAAAUAUUUUAAUAUAACAAUUUCUAAUACUUUCUCAUGUGUUUUUUUUCUCUGACUUUGAUGACUAUCAAACACGGACAAAACUUAAAAAUAAUAGUGGUUUGUUACUGCUCUAACCUCUGUGUGAAUGGAGGAUUUACGGAUUAUU